CUUACCUUACAUAAGCUUUCCAUUCUCCCCAUAUUCAAUCCAGUUCAAUACCGUGGUUCCGACUCUUAUUGAUCAUGGCGACCCGAUGUAUUACACGUAGAUGUGCUGGGCUUACCUCUGCUACUCCUACAUCAGUUGUCCAAGGAUUUAUAAAGACCGCCACGACAGCUCGGCCAUUCCAUCAAAACACCCCGCGUCCAGUCUUCGAAUUCCUCGCUCCACGUUUGGGUGCUCCCUUGCAGCCAUAUACUCUCACGCGGAAUAGGAUAUCAAGGGACUCUGUUAGGUAUUUCUCGAAUAAUGGGACACCGAAAGCUACUGUCACUACAUUCAAUCCGCGAAAAAACGAUGAUGGCACAGAGCAGAAGAUUGAAAUUACACCGCGGGCUGCAGAUGUACGUAUUGUCGUCUUCCCACUUACCGCCCUCUUCAAGCACCGCAAAUCCGAUCAUGUACUAAUUGCUCGUCCCCAGCGUCUACAACAACUCCGCAAAAAAGAGAACAAUCCAAAUCUCGCUCUCCGGGUCGAAGUCCAAUCGGGGGGCUGCCACGGCUUCCAAUAUGUAAUGUCUUUAUGCGAUCUCCCAGCCAAUAUCUCUCGAGAUCUUUUCUCGAAAGAUCCUGUCCAAUCCGGAUCCUUUUCCUCUCCAAAUACGCCAUCCACAGAUCCGAAUCCCAUGCCUACUUCAUCUAGCGCUUCGAAGUCAAAUACCCCAGCCACAAUGGAUCUUCGCGAAGAUGAUACAGUAUUCAGCUAUAUUAGCGAUCAUUCACAUGCCAACGUCGUUAUGGAUGUCUUCAGUCUUGACGCCUUGAAGGGUAGCAAAAUAGAUUACGAAGUCAAGUUGAUCGGUGCCGAGUUCAAGAUUAUUGACAAUCCUGCCGCCACCAGCAGUUGUGGGUGCGGAACAAGUUUUGACAUUAAGUUUUGAGUCUGAAGAGGGUCGAUGACUAUACUAUUAAUUAUUGGAUGUGAAAGAGCAUUUUCAACAUUAUUUACAAAAUUCCGAGAUACGAUAGACCAUCUGGCUUGGGUUUAGCCUGAAUGGCGUGGUAGAAUCUGAUAUGGUGUAAAUCAGCAGCUCGAAGUUGACAUGGACAUGAAUUUGUGGAGGAAUCUCUCUACAAGUACAUAUUCCUACGGGUGGCUUUGCAUGCGCUGUCAAUACCUGUGCUUUUGAGGUCUCAAUCUCUGUGGAAAGACCUGGGAAUCCAGAAAGCAAACAUUUAUAAAGUACAAUGAAGAUAUCAUGUUUCGGUUCAAUAGCAGACUGGAUAGACAGGAAGGACAUCAUCGAGCACAAUGCUUUGCAAGUGACAAAAAUCCAUGGCGGUGGUGUUGGGAUGGCACGUGAGGGAACUUUGAGAAAUGCAAGUUAUUUCGCAGUAAAA